AUGAAAUUUCAAAUUUUCAUUACAUGGUUUUAUCAAAAAAUAGCUACUUAUAACCUUUUUAAAUUAAAAGAAGAUGAUUAUGAUGAUAAUAUUCAAGAUCAAACUAUUAUUAUUAAACAUCAGAAAUGUAAAACUUGGUUAUAUAUUAUUUUAUUGAUAAUUUGUUUUUAUAUUUUAUUUUACAUAAAUUUAAUUCAAAUGUAUUCAACAACAGUUAUCGUAUCGAACAUAACGUUAGAUACGUAUAAGGAACUUUAUUCUAAACAUAGAAAAACACUUUUAUGCUCAUGCUCAACAAUAACAAUUCGUUAUGAAAAUUUUAUUUCCAACAAUAUAACAAAUCAUCCGAUUUGUUCAAGUAUUUUUAUCAAACCUGAAUGGAUAUUUGCAUUGUAUUUUAAAGAAGCAAGUCAAUACGGAGUUUGGGAUUUUCGAACAACAGCAUACUCACAAUUUAAACUUUUAUCAAGCUUUUGUUCAUUCUCAAAAGAAAUCAUUUCUCAAAUACAGAAUGAAAUUAAUAACAAUGAACUUAUUACUCUUUAUCUUCUUUCUCUUCAACAAUUUCAAACUGAAGUUAAUGAAAGAACUGAAUAUUUUAAGAAUAGUUCAACUUCUCGCAUGAUAACGUUUCUAAAUUAUUUAAAGAAUACAAAUAAUAAACAUUAUUUUGUUUCUGCACUCAAUACCAAUCUCGUCGUUCAAACAGGUUAUUACGAGCAAAAUGACGAUCGCUAUUUUAAAGCGCGUGAAGUUAAGUAUGGUGAUGCUGAAGAUGGUAUGACAUGCAAUGAAGAUUCACUAGUAACAAGAGUUGUUCUCAAUCCAUUGCCAUACCAAUCAAUUCCUUAUUCCAUUAGACAUCAGAUAAAGCCGUUGCCUAAUUCAAUCAUUGUUAAUGGAUUCUUUACAGGAUGUACACCACUUGAAGCACUUCUACAAAGUAAAUUAGAUUGUCUUUAUGAAGUCAAAUGUCUUCAAUUACUGGUAAAUUAUUUUCCAAAAUUAACGGAAAUUAAUUUUAACCCAAAUAAUUCAGUUUUGUUUUCAGACGAUAGAGAUAAAACUGUCAAUGAAUAUUUGAAUAAUCUUUUCAUUACAAAUUGGUCGAUACAAGCCAACUAUAUAAAUUAUUUUCAUAUGUGUUCUCCAUCGAAAUGUACAUACUCAACAAUAGAACGAACAGAAAUAGUUUAUAUAAUUACCCUUUUCAUUAGUCUUUAUGGUGGUCUCAUUAUUAUAUUGCGUCUUAUUGCGUCAUUUUUUAUUGAUAUCAUAGUGAAAUGCAAAACUUAUUCGAAAAAGAGAAAUGAAACUUUAUCAAGUUCAAUAUGUGCUGUUUGCUUAUUUACAUCAUUAGAAAAUACACUUCGGCUUAUAACUAAAACGGACAUAUCAAUGACAUCUUAUAUUUCUUUGGAAGUUUUAUAUUCUGAUACACUUCAAUGUCCUUGUUCAAACAAAACAAUACCUUAUGGAAAUUUUCUCUCAUUAACACCACGUCUUCAUCAAAUAUGUUCGAGUCGUUUUGUUUUUGCUGGUUGGAUUACAUUGUUAAGAAACGGCUUCAUACUUUACGAUACCCAUGAUUGGCGCAGUUAUGCAUAUUUACAAUUUCAAUUUUUAUCUGAUUUUUGUGAUUUAGCUAGUAAAACGAUCGAUGAUGCCGUAGUUCGAUACCUUUCUCAAUUAUUCAUUGCCUCUUCUGUGUUGAAUGAAACUAAAUUUAACGAACAAAUCAAUACAAAUCUCGAUCAAUUUUAUCAAUCAAUAACCUAUAAUUUUGCUUUUAUGACAGAUGUUUUACGACUAUUGAUUCAAAUUGAUCAAUUAUAUGCAAAAUCAUUCAAAUUACUAUUUGGACAGAAUCAUGAUAUCAAUUUAGUAAACGACGUUAUUACAGAUAAAAGAAAUUUAGCUAAACCAGUCAAGUUAUAUUUUCUACUAAAUGAAAUUGAAGAAAUUAAUUUAACAACAAUCAAAUGUACUUGUGCCAUAAAUCCAUAUUGUCAAAUACCAGCCGUUAUAUAUGAUACAGAUUAUUUUACUCAUCAAAGAUCGAUUCAUUAUAUGCCUGGUUGGAAUCGACAAUGUCUUGCUAUUGAUUCGACUCUAUCUUCAUCAUUUCAAUGUUUAUAUGAAGAUUUAGACUGCUUUCCAUUCUUCUUGACUUCUCUCUCCAAAUUUCUUCAAAAUGAUCAUCUUGAAAAUUAUUUACCAUUUGAUUUUGGUCCAAUGACUUAUAAUUCAACAAUGACUAGAUUUUCAUCACACGCAAAUAUUUCAAAGUUAUUCAAAGAAAUUAUGAUUGAAAAAUGGAAUUCAUCUGUAUCCUAUCAAUCAUUUUAUAAGUCUUGUGCACCAAAUUAUUGUACUUAUUCUCUACCAAUGCGGAGACAUAAUUUUCUUCAAGUGAUCAUAACCUUAAUAUCCGUAAUUGGUGGUAUCAUAUUUUCAUUAAGAUUUGUCACACCUUAUCUCAUUACACUUUUUCUUAAAUUAUUGAUAAAAUUGAAGAAAAACAGUCAACAACAACAAAGAAAUGAAGUUCAUCAAAGUUGUUUCAAUCGAAUUCAAAUUCUAAUGCAAAAAACGAUUAAGUUAUUUUCAACAACAUUAACUGAAUUAAAUAUAUUUUCUUCUCGCGAUUUUGACAAUAAUACUGAUCAAAUGACUGCUAAAAAAUAUGGUCAAUGGGCAACGCGUCUUUAUAUUUUAUUAUUUCUUAGUAGUAUAACGAUUCUUAUUUUCUAUACAAUUAUCCAGCCACGUAAUGUAACAAAAGCUUUCUAUCAGCCAUUAUUUAGUUUUUAUGAAAAAUUACAAAAAAUUUAUCUGAAUGAAUUAAAAUGUUCAUGUACACGAAUAGCAUCAAAAUAUAAGGAAUUUGUCGAAAUUACACCAAUAUUUCAUCCAAUAUGUUCAAGUCAAUUCGUAUCGAAAGAAUGGUAUAAUAAUAUAACAAAUAAUCUUUCUUUUAAUUUAUCUAUUUAUUCCCAAAAUGAUUAUCGUCGAUUUCUCCCUUCUCAUUUACAAUAUCUUCAAGGUUUGUGUCAACUUUCGAAAGAAUCAGUUCAAAAUACUAUUAAUGAAUUUCUUAUAUCAAUAUUGAUUACUGUUGAACUUUUGACGGAAGAACAAUUUCGUCAUCGUAUUGCAACUUUAAUUAAACAAAAUCAGUUGAAAAUUUCCUUUUUAUUGAAUCGUUUUCUUUUUAUAAUUCAAACUGUCAACCAUGGAAAUGCUUUUAUGACAACAUAUCAAACAAAUUUUCAAUAUAUUUCGUUGAUGAAUUCUAAUCAUCCAAGUUAUGCAUAUACCGAAGCAAUGAUUUAUGAUAAAAAUUGUUCAUGUGGUUUAUAUUCAAAUUGUACAACUCAAGCUAUUUUUAUUGAAAAUUCAACAAGAAAUUCAAUUCAAGGUUUGAAAAUGGGAUGUUUACCAAGUGAAUCAUUUCAAUUAUCGACUCUUGAAUGUUUUUAUAAUCAAACAUGUCUUAAUCUUAUUCAUCAAUAUACCAACACAGAAAAUAUUUCAAUAUCUCUUUCAACAAAUUUUAGUUCUUUUUUACCAAAUACAACAAUAAAUGAAUUAAUUAAUCAUUCAUUUACAGAAAAAUGGUUAAGAAACAUAAGUUAUUCAUCAUAUUAUAAUCAAUGUUUACCAUCAUUAUGUUCAUUUACUGAUAGUGAAAAAUUUAAUAUUCAAUAUNUGCACCUUACUGCAAUGCAUUCCGCUUCCCUCUAA